AUGUCCACAUCAGAGCUUCCCACAAUGAUGUAUGCUUGGAGAAAACAUCGAGGAAGCCCAAAACCAGUUUACGAAGAAGUCCCUGUUCCCAGUUUGUCUUCCAAUGGCAUCCUUUGCAAAAUGCUCACAUCCGGUGUUUGUCGAAGUGACCAUUCGCUACUUAAUAUAGACAAGCAAGCGUCUUGGUUUGAAGAAAAGUAUAUUCUAGGACACGAAGGCUGUGGUCAGGUCAUUGAACUAGGCAGCGCAGUACAAACUAAUAAGAUCAAGGUGGGUGACAUUGUAGCUCUUCAUGCAGUCCCCGGCUGCGGAGAAGACAAUUGCCCAGAAUGUUCCCGCGACUUGUCACAACUAUGUGAAAGGGGAUAUCACUCUGGGAUUGGUCAGGAUGGCUUUUAUGCGCCCUACACAGUGGUAGAUAUACGGGGUGUAGUAAAGGUUCCAGAGGGCGUCACGCCAGCGGAAGCUUCGGUAGCUACAGAUGCUGUGAGUACUGCAUACCACGCCAUCAUGAGAAGAGGCGAAGUCAAAAAGAAAGAGACUGUCUUUCUUUUUGGUCUAGGCGGCCUUGGGUUCAACGCCCUUCAGAUAUUGUUGUACAUUGGAGCUAGAGUCAUCGUUUCGGAUAUACGACAAGACCUUCUUGACGAAGCAAAACAUCUAGGCAUUCCGUCUAGCGAUAUUGUUCCGAUUGGAAAGUCUCCUCAAGAUUUUAUCCUAGAAAGUUGUCUUUCGGGUAAAAUCGAUACCGUUUUGGAUUUUGUUGGCACUCAUCAAACAUUUGAAGAUGCUCAACACAUCGUUCGUCGUGGUGGCAAGUUACUUUGCAUCGGAAGUCUUGAUACAGAAAACAUCAUUCACAUGAAGAUUGGGACAAGAAAGAGGCUCUCAUUCAUCUUUUCUUACGGAGCCCAAGUGGAAGACCUAAAGCAAGUUCUUGACCUCAUUGCAGCUGGGCAUAUCAGGCCUCGUGUAGAGACACGAAAGAUUCUGGAAUUUGAACAAGUUCUGAAAGAGCUGGGAGAAGGCAUGAUUAAGUCGCGGGUUGCAUUACUUCAUGAAUAG